CAUUUGGAAAUAAGUUUUUAGCCAAUCAAAAUCAACUUAAUAUUAAUUUUUAAAUAAUUUAAAAGCAAUUUUGAAAAUAGAUUUUAAUCAAUUUAAAAUCAAUUCCAAACAUGCCCUAAAUAGUCAAAGGGUUGCUUCGCCUUUCCUACCAUUUGUUUCUCUAAAGCUAAGUUGAAGGAUCUCAAUCCUUCCAAUUCGCCUAUUCCCAAGAACUCCCUAAUGUCAAUGCAAUCCACAUAUUAAGCCAACAUAUGAACAAUGCCUUAGAACUAAUUUGACGUACUUUAGAAUUAAUUUGACAUACCGUCUUUUUUUUUCCUCUUCGUAGCCUUCAUUUUCAAGAGAGGAAAUUAAACAUGGAUGGAAUUUUUGGAAUGAUCGAUGGCAGUUUCAAACUGUCAAUAGUAGAUUCAACCAUGAUGUUGAUUGUGCAUCGUGCAAUGGAUAAAGCUCACCAAAGAGUCAAAUCUAGAGAAGGAGUUAUAGAGAGAUUACAUGAGAUAUCAAAAUUCUACGAGUUAUCCGUAAUGCAAUUGGAUGGUUGUAUCAAAUUUGUUCAAGAAGAAACUGACACUCACAAUCCCGAAACCAGCCAUGAAGAAGUUCUUGCUGGCUUGGCCGAAAUACGAAACCGCCUUCAACGACGCCUCUACGAAUCGGAACUUGCCAUCCUACAGAAAGAUAGAGAGUUGGCAGAUCGAUCCGAGAGCGAGGUGAAGUUAAGGCAGGCUUUGGAAAUUACAGAGAGGGAAUUGGUUUCUUCACAGGAAGAUCUUGAACUUGAAAGAUCAAGAAGUGCUGGAAGUUCCAACCUUAGCCCACAUGAAGGUGAGGAUGAUGAGAAUAGAGAUGGGGAAUUGGGUGAAGUGAAAGAAAAAAUCGAGUUAAAUGAUGAUUAUGAGCAUAAGGUGAAGACCAAACGAAAUCGUUGUAUCAACGACGUAAUAAGAGUUGAAGAGAUGGGAUCUGACAUCGAUAUUUUGAAGGAAACUCUUGAUAUUGCGUUUGGAAAGAUGCACAGUGCCAUUUUGAUUUCUGAAAUAGGAGCAAUAGAGCAGCAAGUAAAGUCAAGUAUUGAGAACGACAUAAUAUCAAUCCUGCUUAAGGGAUUUGUGAAUGAUUGUCAAGAGGAUAUAGAAGCAGAAGUGACAAGGAAAGAGAGGCAAGUUUCGGCAAACAAAUGGUGGUCGGAUUUAAUGAAUGAAGUUAUAGGCUUGUUUGAGGAUCUCAAACCUGUUCUUGGCCAAAAUGAAAUGCGGUCCCGAGAGUGCAACAUUUUGAAUUUUGAGUCAAUUAUUAAGAAAAAGAGUAAAGAAGCAGAACCGGAUCAAUGGAAUCCAGAAAAGCUUCAUGAUAAAACUUCAUUAUCAUUAAGGAGAGAAGAAAGUACUGAAAGCUUCAAAAGAAGGUUCCAAGAAAUACUAGAGAAACUAGAGAAUUCGAUGAUUUUGAAUGCUACGGUUAACAAAAUUAUAGACCAAAAUGAGGAUUUUAAUGAAGAAGACAUACCUCCAGAGAAAGGGGAGCAAAUAUUUGUAGAAAAUCAUAGACAGAAAUCUGAUGUGGAUACUUUGGCAGAUGUCUGGGGGAAGAUGCAUCAACUGCAGGAUGAAGAAAACAGCGGAAUACAAAAUCAAAUUUGCGCGCUAAGGCAAGAAAGAGAGGAAAGAGAAUUUCAAAACAUAAUGAAGGAAGAAACUUACAUCGCUUUAUUUCAAGGGUUGAGAGAAAAGUUUUGUGAUGAUUUAAGUACCUGGGAAUUGGAGAUCCUGAUUUCAGAUGGAAUAUGCAGAGAUCUCAUCAGGAAUAUGUUCAAUCAGUUGGAUGAAACCAUGAAAAGUAACCAUAUUGAAGCCAAAAUUAAAGAUGAUAUAUAUCAUGUUGUCUUCAAGGAGACAAUGGAAGAUUAUUGCUCUAUAAAUGACUUAGGAUUACACAGAUUGCAGGAAUGCAAAAUAAAGAAGUCAUCCAUCUUAGAACUUCACAAUAUGGAGUUAAACAAGUCAGAUUCUAAGUCCCUAAAACUUAUGGAGCUUCCACAUAUAACAUAUGAAUUUGAGCUGAUGGCAAAUAGAAAACUGGAAGCAAUAAUGCUUAGGUACUAACCUCAUAGGUCUUUCCUGCCUCUUCCCUGAAAAAAAAAAAAAGAAGCCUGUUGAUAAAUUUAGUUCCACAAAAGCAUAAAUGUAAAUCAUUUUACUAUUGAUAGAUUAGAAGAAAUGAAGCAUACUUUGGAUCCACUGCCUCAAGUCAUGGCUUCUUUGCAAGAAAAUAAAUCACUUUAUAAGAAGGCUUUCAUCAGAAGAUGUCAAAAUCUCAGAAAAGCUGAAAAUGAGGUUCUGUUCUCAACUUCUAAUAAUACUGAUGCUUUUCACUCGUUGUACAGCCAAGUUUGAGAAUAAUUUUCUGUCAUUUAAUUGUUUUUCCACAUUCCUAUUUGAUAUCCAUUAGGUGGAUAUUUUAGGGGAUCAAGUGGAUAUACUUCUUAGCUUGAUUGAGAAGAUAUACUCAAUUCUAAAUCAACAAUCACCAGCUUUGCAGCAAUAUUUUGAUGUAAUAUCUCUGCAUGUCUGUUUUUUUCCUCAUAUUUUUGUACCAAUCUCAUAGCAAAUAACUUUGCAUCAAUCUUAGCUGCUAUCUUUUUAUCAAUGUGCAGGUCUCGGAAAUUCUUAGGUCAAUCGCGGAGGAGGUACCGGUAAUUGCUUGUACACCACCUGUAAAGUUAGAUACAAGCUCUGAUGUGUAACCUAUGUCUCUCCAUAGAAUUCAGCAACAACGAGAUUGCUAACUAACGUUUAACGAACUUUGGUGAUAUAUGUAAACAAAAAUUUCGAGCCAUACUUCUGGGAAAGGAGAAACUUCACCUUUAGAAAAUUAGUUGGGACUUAUGAGUAUUCACACUGCAAUUACCAAUUAUUAUACAAAAAAAAUAGUAAUCUUCACUAUGCAGACAUCAAUUUAUUUUU